AAUAAAUAUGCAGGAGAACAUUUUUCAAGAAAUAUGUAAAAUUAUGACUAAAGAAUAAAAUAAGGAUUAGUCGAUCCAACAAAAGGCAAUCAACGAAAUAUGGCCGAUGCGAAUGGUUUCACUCACCAUAAUCGUCAAAAGUAUUGUCUGAAUCGUUUGGAUUACCGAAAAGGGCGUCGAUUAAGAGCGGUUAAGGUAUACACCGUGGCGAAUGAAUCGAAGCACCUUUUAGUAUUUGGAGUUCCAAAAAUUAAUUUAAAACAGGAAUUGAAGUGCAAGCUCCAACGAUGUGGAGAAAUGGAAUUUCUCCUUUGUGUAACGGAGCAGUUGGCUAAAAAAGUUAAUUUGGAGGCCUUCACUGAUGUAUUUCAUGUGAAAUUUUCAAAAGUGCAGUCAGCACGGCUUGCAAAACUCUACUUAGACGCGCAGGAGUUUUAUGGUGGCAUACUUCAUGUCUCUUAUGCUCCAGAGUAUGAAACUGUGGAUGAACUUCGACAAAAAAUGUUGAUACGGAAAUCUGAAAUUAACCAUAGACAGCGCUUGAACGGAAAAGCGGCAUCAACAACGGCACAUGCUUCGCAGUCUUCUCAGAUGCAGAAUAAAAGAAAAAAAGAAUUAUAAAAGACUGAGUUGUAUAGAAAUAUAUUUAUGUAAUUUGCUUUUAUUCGCUUUCCCAUUAGAAAUUUAAAACGCAGAAGAACACAUAAAAAUGUG